UUUGGAGAACCAGCCCUUGGAAUGAUAUUUUCAUAAUGAGCCAACAAGGUUAUGUGGCUGCAGCCCCCUAUUCUCAGGCCCAACCUGGAAUCGGCCUAUCGUCACCACAUUAUGGGCACUAUGGAGAGCCAUCUCAUGCAGCUUCUCCACCAGGAACAAUGAAGCCAGCAGGACCUAUGGGAGCUAUUGGUCCUGGGGGGAUGUUGCCUCCUGGCCCUCCACCUCCUGGACCCCAACAGUUUGGCCAGAAUGGAGCCCAUGCAUCAAAUCUUCCUCCCCAGAGAUCUCUAGGUCCUCCACCUGCCACCAGUAUGGCGUCUUCCUACACUCAGUACCUGCCCUCCACACAGCCGUCUUAUCCGAGUCCUGCAUCCACGUCAUCUGUCACCCAGCUCGGCAAUCAGCUCGGAGCCAUGCACAUCAACAGCUUUGGUCCAGGACUUGCUCCCCCUGGUCAGGGGCCACCACCAGGUUCUCAGUCAGGAACAGCAUUCCAGGGCCCACCGCGACCACCCCAGCCAUCCAUUAUGCAGCCUGGAUCUCAGGUUCUUCCACCACCACCAUCUGCCGUAAAUGGCCCUGGGGCCAUGCCCAUGCCCCCGCCUGCACACAGGCAGGAUGGGCUCACAGGGCCGGCUCCUCCAGGGGCACAGUACCAGCCUCCACCUCUUCCAGGACAGGGUGCAGGAUAUCCUCCACAGCAGGGUAACUUUGGCCCACCGAUGCCUGGGGCGCAACUUUCCUAUCCAGGUGGCUUCCCCGGGGGGCCUGCACAAAUGGCUGGUCCACCACAGCCCCCCAAGAAACUGGAUCCUGACUCAAUUCCCAGCCCUAUCCAGGUGAUCGAGAAUGACAGAGUCACCAGAGGGGCACAAGUAUAUGCCACCAACACCAGAGGGCAGGUGCCUCCCUUGGUCACCACAGAUUGUGUGAUCCAAGACCAAGGCAAUGCCAGUCCCCGGUACAUCCGUUGUACAACGUACUGCUUCCCCUGCACGUCGGAUAUGGCCAAGCAAGCUCAGAUUCCAUUGGCUGCUGUCAUUAAGCCCUUUGCCACGGUGCCCUCCAAUGAGACUCCACUUUUCUUGGUAAAUCAUGGUGAUAGUGGUCCGGUGAGAUGCAACAGGUGCAAAGCCUACAUGUGCCCCUUUAUGCAGUUCAUCGAGGGUGGAAGGCGGUAUCAGUGUGGAUUCUGCAAUUGCGUGAAUGAUGUUCCGCCAUUCUAUUUUCAACAUCUGGACCACAUGGGAAGAAGACUGGACCACUAUGAGAAGCCAGAGCUAUCUCUAGGAUCUUAUGAAUACAUCGCAACUUUGGAUUACUGCAGAAAGAACAAGCCUCCCAACCCACCAGCCUUCAUCUUCAUGAUUGAUGUCUCCUAUAGCAACAUCAAGAACGGCCUCGUAAAGCUCAUAUGUGAGGAACUGAAGACAGUACUGGAAAGACUUCCAAAGGAGGAGCAAGAGGAGAAUUCAGCAGUCCGUGUUGGUUUUAUCACAUAUAACAAAGUUCUCCAUUUCUUUAAUGUGAAGAGUAAUUUAGCACAGCCCCAGAUGAUGGUGGUAACUGAUGUUGGAGAAGUCUUUGUGCCUUUGUUGGACGGUUUCCUUGUCAACUAUCAAGAGUCUCAGGCUGUGAUUCAUAAUUUAUUGGACCAGAUUCCAGAAAUAUUUGCAGACUCGAAUGAAAAUGAAACUGUCUUUGCGCCUGUUAUCCAGGCUGGUAUGGAAGCACUAAAGGCAGCAGAUUGUCCUGGGAAACUGUUCAUCUUUCAUUCCUCCUUGCCAACUGCAGAGGCACCAGGAAAGCUCAAGAACAGAGAUGACAAAAAACUGGUCAAUACAGAUAAAGAGAAGACACUUUUCCAGCCGCAGACAAAUGUGUAUGAGUCCCUGGCCAAGGACUGCGUGGCCACGGGCUGCUGUGUGACACUCUUCCUCUUUCCCAGUCAGUACUCAGAUGUGGCCUCUUUGGGGCUCGUUCCUCAGCUCACCGGAGGAACCUUGUACAAAUACAACAACUUCCAGAUCCAUUUGGAUAGUCAACAGUUCUUGAAUGACCUCAGAAAUGAUAUAGAAAAGAAAAUAGGAUUUGAUGCUAUAAUGAGAGUUCGUACCAGCACAGGUUUCAGAGCCACUGACUUUUUUGGGGGAAUAUUCAUGAACAACACCACUGAUGUAGAAAUGGCUGCCAUUGACUGUGACAAGGCAGUAACUGUGGAGUUCAAGCAUGAUGACAAACUUGGUGAAGACAGUGGAGCUUUAAUCCAGUGUGCUGUUCUCUACACCACCAUCGGUGGCCAGCGGAGACUUCGAAUUCACAAUCUCAGCCUGAACUGCAGCUCUCAGUUGACAGAUCUCUAUAAGAGCUGUGAGACAGAUGCCCUCAUCAACUUCUUCGCCAAGUCAGCUUUUAAAGCAGUUCUGCACCAGCCCUUGAAGGUCAUCCGGGAGAUCCUAGUUAACCAAACUGCCCAUAUGUUGGCGUGUUACCGGAAGAAUUGUGCAAGUCCAUCUGCAGCUAGCCAGCUUAUUUUACCAGAUUCCAUGAAAGUGUUACCAGUUUACAUGAAUAGCUUGUUAAAAAACUGUGUGCUGCUUAGCCGGCAAGAGAUCUCAAUGGAUGAACGGGCAUACCAGAGGCAGCUGGUCAUGACUAUGGAUGUGGCUGACUCUCAGCUCUUCUUCUACCCUCAACUUCUGCCUAUACAUACCGUAGAUGUCAAGAGUACAGCAUUGCCCUCUGCUGUGCGCUGCUCUGAGUCUCGUCUUUCAGAAGAAGGAAUGUUCCUACUGGCUACUGGUCAAAACAUGUUCCUGUGGGUGGGAGUCAGCUGUCCACCAGAACUCAUACAAGGAAUAUUUAAUGUGCCGUCUUUUGCACAUGUAAACACAAACAUGACAACACUGCCUGAAGUGGGAAACCCAUAUUCUCAGUCACUGAGAAUUAUAAUGAGUAUUAUCCAACAGAAGAAGCCAUAUUCAAUGAAGCUCACAAUUGUCAAGCAGAGAGAGCAGCCAGAGAUGGUUUUCCGACAGUUCCUGGUGGAAGACAAAGGCUUGUAUGGGGGAUCAUCUUAUGUGGAUUUCCUCUGCUGCGUACACAAGGAGAUCUGUCAGCUGCUGAAUUAGUUAAAUUCGCUCAUUGUUGAGGUUGCAUUUCUAAGGAGACCAUCUCCUUCUUGGUGCCUAAUUCUCCAGAUGAUAACGACUUGCAUUGGUUGAUUCUUUGCUCACUUCAAAUAGUUUCCUGAGAAGGCGUAGAGAAUGUCAGCUUUGGUGCUCAGGUAUGAAGCCAAUCUAGGUACAGUGGUACCAUCAAGGGAACUGGCUAUUUCUGAUUGCACAACUUUUAACUGUUGAAUGGAUGCGGUUGGCAUUUCAUGAAAGGCAUAGUUUACAGAACUCUAAACAUUCUCAAUUUUCUUUCUUUGAAAUAUGCU